AUGGUGAAGAGGAUCUACUUUGCAAUAAAAAUGGCACUAAACAAAAACAAUAGCAUCGAAACUAACGGUGAACUACGUAUCCUGCUUGUGGUGACUGUAGUGAUUGGUUUGCUUCUGAUGCUAUCCCUACUUAUGUGCUACGCUUGUGUCCUCAAACGACUCUGUUGUGGAACACCAAGAGAAAGAGCGAAGAAUCUAGCAUGUGCUAGAAGAACUGAGAGUUAUCCCAUGGGAGAUGUCACAUUAAUCUCACAGCCAACUGAGAGUGAACGGGUAUGA